AGAAAUAUGCCUUUUUAAAAAAGAAAGUACACAUCUGUACUCAAGACACUAGAGGGCAGUAGCAGCAGUUGUUAGUGCCUAUGGCAGGCAGAGAUGAUCUCUAGAGAUGGUUCCCAGUGUCGUCACAGGCAUUUCCUGAUUUGCUUUGAACAAGCUUCUCUUUCUUUUUAAAAAGUCUAUAUCUUUAUCCUUCUCUCACCAUUUCCCCUUUGUUUACCCCUUCUGGCCAGGGCCAUUGACAGCUCAGCAUUGUCGGGUAGCUGCUGAUCUCUGAGACUAUCUUUGUGCUGCUUUCCUGUGGUGGUGGAGUGACUCCCUGAGGCCCACGUAGAUAGAAGAGGGCUCAUAGAAGGCAGUUUUCUGAGGGCCCCAUGAAACAUGGAACUGGCCCCACUUUCAGCUUCCCAACACUUGCCUUUGCUUCUGUCUUCUCUAACCCCUUCUUUGUUUACCAAGCUGGUGGUAUUAUUUAUUUAUGUAUUUAUUUAUUUACACAGUCAGACAGGUGUUAUUGACUGGUUUGUUUUAUCCAGACAUCGAGUCCUUCCCAAGGACCUGGGAUGGCUGAAUUUUAUUAUCAAUGUUGUUGCUGUUGUUAUAGAUAUCGUCGCAGAAUAAAGGCUGUUCCCAGUAAAGCUGCUUUUUGUAAUUGGCUGGUGGUGAUGGUGAUGAUGGUGGUGAUGAUUAUUAUUUUAUUAUUAUUAUUAUUUAUUAGCAUUUAUAUCCCAUUCUUCCUCCAAGGAGCCCAGAGCGGUGUACUACAUACUUAAGUUUCUCCUCACAACAACCCUGUGAAGUAGAUUUGGCUGAGAGAGAAGUUACUGGCCCAGAGUCACCCAGCUAGUAUCAUGGCUGAAUGGGGAUUUGAACCCGAGUCUCCCCGGUCCUAGUCCAGCACUCUAACCACUACACCAUGCUGGCUCACUUUGGUAGUCUUUCCAACCUGACUGCAAAGCUGAAAUUAUGCUUUAAUCAAAAGUCAGCAUCUGUAUUAAUUUCAAGAACAGAAUGGGGUAUGCCUCUGGAGAAGAGAUUCUAUCUGCCCUCUCGUUGGCUGAAAAAGUAAGGGCGGUGGCAAAGAGAGUUUCACCAGUCCACUGGGAUCCUGUUCAAGAAGCACAAAAGCGAAGGGCCGUGAUUGGAGAGCUGAGGGCCCAGCUAUUCUUCCACACUCGCCCAGAACAGGACAGCACAAUCGGCCAGUUAGGGAGAGUGAUGAAGGAACUACAGGUGCUGAAGAAGCAAAGCUGGGGGGAAAAGAAAUUGACAUCAGCAGCAUAUGAAAUAAAGGAGGACCCUUGUCUUGAAGCCAGGGGCCAAUUCCUGUCAGAAAUUGAUAGUGGAGAUGAAAAGGGAAAUCAUCUAGGAAGCAAACUGAGCCAAAGUGAUACACACCAGGAGGAAGAAGAAGGUUCCAGUACUUCAGAGAUUGACCUUGGGCAGAUGGGUGUACAUGAAGGAGCCACAGAAGAGAAACCUUUUACAGAUGCAGCCUACAAAACAAGGAACUUGAACGGGGCAACCCGAACCCCCAGCCCUAGUUGGGCUAACCAGCAGUACCAAGAUCCAGAGGUGAGGUUCUCUCUAGCCAAAGCCAAGAGGCAGUGUCUCAAGGAACAGCAUCAAUCCAUGAUCCAGCAGGAGCUUCUCAAGAUGGAAUUGGAACUGGCAGGCCAAGAGAAGCUUCCUUCAGUUCAGCAAGAAGCUCUACUCUGGCAGAAGGAAAAGACCUUGCUGACUCUGCGCCUGGAGGCACUUCAGAGGGAACAGGCAGAAGCAGAAAGGGAUCUGGAGGAGCUGAAUAAGGAGCACAGACAUGAAGUAGAGGCUCAGAAACAACACAUCCUGCAGGUAUUCCAGGCUUAUAGGAGACAUGCAGAAGAACAGAUGAAUACACUUGAACAGAAAUAUAGAAAGCUGCUGCAAGAAUCUCUCCAGGAUGCUAUCAUCCUCUCCACUCAGAACCAGCAACUCCAAGCCCAGAAGCAACUAAGUUGUACGGAGAGAGCAGCCCAGACAGACUUCCAACCUGUCAGGCUGACCCAUGAGAGCCACCCUCCAUCAUGAAAGCCUCAUUGAACAUAGUGGGACUUACUUCUGAGUAAACAUGUAUAGCUUGUGCUGUUGAGACCACCCAUUUCUUUCUUUAAAAAUUAAGUUGCUGCUCUCGUUACAUUCAAUUAGUGGUGGAAAGAUUAAAAAGUGAUAAAGUGUGAAUAAUGCUAUUUUUGCUUCGGCCAUAAGCUAUAGUGGGAAAUCGCUAAACACUUAACUUUGUUUUCUUAUCAUAAUGAAAUGAAAAUAACAUUUUAUUUUUUGCCAUUUAAAUUGCUGUAACUAGAGCAGUUGGGAUGGGAACAAUAUUAAGGUGGUGGGGUGCAGUGGAAUAUGCACAGUCCUAUCUACCCCCAAAUUCAUAAUUCUUCUCUUCUCCCACCUUGGAAGAAAGUCCUAUUAACAGUGAGGCUUAGCUCUGAAAGGAUCACUUUUAUUUUUAAAAAUAAAAAUGGGGGUGAUUGGACACUUGCUGUCCAUAAUAUUGACCUUAGUCCUCCACCCACCUCUGCCACCUGUGGGAAAAUGUUUGAAAAUGUGCUUAAGCAGAGAAAAGACGUAGUCUGAAGAAGUAGCAAGCUAGCCGAGAUAGAUGGCAUUUUUCGUAUCAGGUACAUUCUGUUCUUUGUAUGUGGGGAUGAGAGAAGUCACACUUGAAACCAUCUGGGACCUUUUGAGUUAAAAGGGGAUGUACUGGCCUGUAUGAAAUGCACAAGUGUGGAAUGUACUGUUAUCUCAAUAUAAAAGAGAUGUAGAACCUGCUAGAAGGCGCUGCUGCACCCAAUGAGCUUUGAUUGCUAGCAAAAACUUUAAUAAAGCUCUGUUUGAAAUUGUGA